AUGCCCAAGCGCAGCUGGGUGGUGAUCUCGGCCCUCCUGGUUGGCUUUUGCGCCCUCGUCGUGGCUCUCGACUCGAUCCGCUCCAGCUUCUACAUCUUCGACAACAAAGCCAUCUACAAGAUCGCAUCCACCGCGGUCGCAAACCACCCAGGCAAUGCCACAGCCAUCUUCGACGACAUCCUGGACAACCUCCGUGCCGACCCCAAGCUGGCGCCUUACAUCAACAAGAAACACUUCAGCGUCGAGUCGGAAUGGAUGUUCAACAACGCCGGUGGUGCGAUGGGUAGCAUGUACAUCAUACACGCAUCCGUCACCGAGUACCUCAUCUUCUUCGGUACUCCCGUCGGCACCGAGGGUCACACCGGUCGUCACACCGCCGACGACUACUUCAACAUCCUCACCGGAAACCAGUACGCCUUCCCGGCCGGUGCGCUCAAGGCAGAGCACUACCCCGCUGGAUCGGUCCACCACCUUCGCCGCGGAACCGUCAAACAGUACAUGAUGCCCGAGGAUGGCUGCUGGGCGCUGGAACUCGCUCAGGGUUGGAUCCCACCCAUGCUGCCGUUCGGUCUCGCAGACGUGUUGAGCUCGACGCUCGAUCUGCCUACCUUUGGUAUCACUGUAUGGAUCACUGCACGAGAGAUGAUCGGCAACUUGCUUAUCGGCAAAUUCUAA